AUGGUCAUCGAUGUCCCCUAUGUUUUCGAUACCUGUUGCGACUCGAAAGACUUCCAUCGGUUCAUCGACACAUUUUCUGGCAGUUCAAUCGAGUCAGUUAAGAUUUACGCAUUAUCGGAAAAGGAACGAAAGAACCUCAGGCUGGUAUGCAAAGCGUGGGCAGAACUAGCUCCCCAAGCCGGGAGGUGGGUCUCCUCUGUUUAUCACCCUACCGGCGCCAGGGCCAAGAGGUUCGACGUGACAACCCAUAAACCUCAUGCUACAGUUCCAGAAUUACAUGAAGGAAGUCACUUGUCUACACUAUGCAUUCAUAUCUCCCCUCUUCCGGAAUCUGUCGACUACCCUCUCCAAACCAUCCUUCAAAAAACUCACUCACUCCAUUCAAUCCGCGCUUUUUCCCUUACCAACAAAGACACCUCCCCUUAUUUAUCACUACGAGAGCUGCAAACUCACUUCGCGUCACUGACCACUCUCUAUAUAGAGACAGUCGAGCUUUAUGGGCCCCUUCGACUCGAUAAAUUAGAAGUGUUAUAUUGGAAUAUCGAGAACUGUGACAAAGAGCAAUGGUGGUUCCCCUCAUUGCGACAUUGUGCACUGGGCGACCGGGUCAUCGGUAUCAACAAAUUUCAGUCCUCCCUUGUUCCUGGACCCACUCACCAACUCCA